AGUAUGCCAAUGCGUUGAAAUAAGAAAACAUGAUUCGUUAAGAAUAAACUACAAACUGAAUACGAACAUUGUGAAUUCAAUUUAGUUGUUAAUUUGUACACCUAAACCAAUAUAUUUGUGACUAAUUUUCAUAGCGGUGGUCGCCCCCGUGUUCGACACGGUGGAUUGACCAGAACCUAUAUUGAUUCACGGUAGUUUAAUUCUUUUAUUCUCUCUGUUAAUGCCUACCAUUCUUGUGAUCGUAGGUUAGGGCGAGGUGGCUCAUUCCAGAUUAGAAAGGAAAUUUACGAAACGCCGUUUCAUCACCAUCACAUUGGAACGUAAAAAAUCCAGCUUUUGAAAUUAUAAUUGCUCAAACGCCAUUGAAAACAUAUGAAAUUAGCACGUCUUUCGAUGUAAUGUACAACGAAACGUAGAUAAAAUGGCAGAAAAUUUCGUUGGAGCAUGAAUAGUUUAUUUAAAAUGUCGAGCACUUGGCAGGUCUCUAUACUUUAGCUGGUACCUUUGUGAGAGUUAAGAGAAAUAGACGAACGACUCUCCAGCUAAAUACUUGUUGGAAGUGUUAUUCUUUAGUGAGAAAUAAUUGACAGUAAACCCGAUGUCGGAUACCUGGUCGUGGAAGAAGUCUAUGUAUGCCGAUCGCAUGGACCGAUAUCUACCCGACAGAAACUUCUCGCUGCCUCCUUAUCCAACCAAAAAGAUGAAGUUGUCGUUUCGUCAGACAUUCACCCUGUUUACAGGUGCCGUGAUGACCAUAAGUGGCAUGCUGUUAGUUUUAAUAGGCAUGCAACUACUUAAUUACUUAACGACUUCCACCAUUGACCACGGUAUUUCACCAAUUGUUUGCUACACCGGACUAAUGGUUUUUGCUGUCGGAGUCGGCAAUGUUUUGUCUGGCAUUCAGAUGUCCGGAAAAAGAAGUCAAAGAUCGACGGCUUGGAUAGCAAUGGUAGCUAACCUUAUCAUAAUCAUCAUUAUUGGCACCACAAUUGCCCUGGUCACGUAUGAUGUGUAUGACUACCUGAACAACACAGCGGAUGAAUGGCAGUAUGUAGAUCAAGUGUACUCUGUCCUAAUGGUCAUCUACUGUAGCUUACUGAUACUAUCAAUCAUCGCUGUUUUCACAGAGUGCUGUAUCGCACUUGAUCCACUUGGCGGAAACCCAUAUCCCCAGCCAGGAUACGGACACGGAUAUCCACCAGGACCAUACAAAUACUAAAUGGUGAAUGUUAUCAAAAAUGCAAGUAACUUCUUUAUAUUGCGCACUCACUCAGUUUUCGGCAAAAAUGAUUUCCUUCAAUUUUGCGGAAUCAGCCUCAAAUCUUAAGACUUUUAAAAGUUCUGAUAAAAUGAUGACUUACUUUCAAUUUAGUAAAAACAACUACAUAACGUAAUUAAUUCACAAAAGCCAGACAUAUUUAUUUCCGGUGGGAUAUUCAAUAAAAUAAAAACCCUAACCCACUUCCCCAUAAAUAAUUAAAGAUCAGAAUAUUUAUAUAAAUAUAAACUUCUGAAUUCUAGCACAUAUUUAAGCCUCAUCUUAAACCAUAGUUUCCUCCAAUAAUAUUUUUAAGUUGCAUUUUAAUUUUCAUUCUCUCUGGUAUAGGAUUUAAUUCCGAAUAGAGUUCUGCAAAUUUGACAAACUUUACUCCGGUAUUAUGUUAUUUAUUUAUCUAGCACCUAGCACCUUCUGAUUUUUAAGUUUGAUUGAAAACCCAGAAAAGUCGUCAUUAUGGUGAUCAAAGCUUUCUUAAUAUGGUCACGACUGUCUGUGAUAGCUUAGUAGAAUUUGAUGUCUCUUUGAUGCGUACUCUGGCACUCUCACAUACAAUUCCACAUUUUAAUUAAUUCCAACUGGAAAUUGGCUAAAAUUAUUAUUAUUUAUUAUUAUUAUAUUUUUCAUUUAUUCAAUAUCAAUAUUUCGGACGAUUUUAAUUAAGACAUAUUUGAAUGAAAAAAAACAAACCACGUAGGCCUAUAGUUUUGUUAGUUAUUGAACCAACCGACUGUUCCUAAAUAGUACUUACAAUCUUAUACCUUGAUAGUGACAUUUUUUCUACAAAAACUUCAAAUGUUAUAUAGAGCUUUUGUUUGAGAGCUUGUACUGUAAUUGCAUAUAAAGUAUAUAAAGUUGGUAAUUAAAUUCCUAUUUAAUCAUAUUUAUUGGCUUAGCACAUGACAGGAAUCAUAUUCAGUCGUUUGAGGCGACACAAUGUUUAAAUGAUAUAUUUUCAAUAAUUUUAGUAUAUUUUACUUAAUGCAUACUCGUAAUGUAUGCUUCCAUAUUAUUUCAGCAUAUAUAAUCUUUACUUGGUCGAUUUUUUUUAAUUAUGUAGAUAUAUGUACACAAAAUAUUAUUGUUAAAGGGGUUGAUGAAUUUGUUACGUAUAAAUGAAUGUUAAGUAUUAGAUUUAGCUUAGCGCGUACGCAAUCUCACUUUGUGAUGUAUGACAACAAAACUGAGGACAGUUAGUCACACAACAAACUCGAUUUGUAUAGUUUACGCAUGCGCUUAAAUAUUAUGCACCUUUCCAAGUCUCGCCCCGUGGAUAUUGUUGCCAAGGUGUAGAAUCUUAAGCCUGUUUUCCACUAGACGAAUUUAUUCACGCGAAUCGAAAGCGUCGGUUCGCUCUCUGAUUGGUCGCGCAUUUUUCUAAAGCGAGAACUCUAGUAGAAGUCUGAAUGCGCAUGUGCAUGAACCGACCUUUCGAUUCUCGCGAAUAAAUUUCGCCUAGUGGAAAACACACUUUAAACAGCUUCAACCUACGGAAAUUUGCGUACUGAUGGGAUAUGCGCAUAUUUCUUUCUGGUCUGUUUUGAUUGGUCAGUAAUGUUCAAAAUGUUGAUUAUGUUGCAUAAUUUGCAGUUGAUCCAAUAACCUUAAAUUAUAUAUUUCUCAGUAACAAAAAAAUGAAAGAUUGAGAAGAAUUGAUGAAUUAUCACGCCCUUCAUUGCAUAUUUGUAGCAAUAAAAACCUAGCGUUAGCGCCUAUACGAACACACAUGUUUAAAACGUGACUUCUGUUAAACGCAUUAUUAAUGGAACAUAAUAUUUCGCAUAUUGUCUAUACUUAACAACAAAUGUCACAAUUAAUCUAAUUAAAAUUGGAAAAUCAGUAAAACCUUGUUAAGUCUAUUUUCCACAAUAGACGAAUUUUAGCGCUAAUUGAACGCGUCGGCUCGCUUCCUGAGCUCUGAUUGGUUCCGCAUUUUGUUUUCGCUUCGCAAAAGUAGAAAACGUUCGAACUACUGACUUCGAUUCGCUGAAGCGAAAAACUCAGAUAGAGAUGUGAAUGCGCAUGUGCAUGAAUCGACACUUUCGAUUCGAGCGAAUAAAUUCGAGUAGUGAAAAACAGCCUUUAAGCUUGUGUACUUCAUUGUAUUAAUUAAUUUUUGUAGCAUUGUUUUACAUUUACUCAAUAAAAUAAUUAUAUGUUUUGCAUUA